AUGGGGGAGGUCCGACUCGUCGGUUUUGACGAGACGGUCCUCCCAGAGGAGAUUAUAGAGGUCCUCGCUGCGCGAGGUGGAUGUGGGCCGAGCGAGAUCCGCCUGGGCCCCAUCCGGUGGGGUUGGCGGGGCGAGAAGUCCGUGCGGGCACGGCUUCCCCUCGCCUUGGCCGCCAAGGUGGCGGCCGAAGAGAGGAUAGCGCUGAGGUGGGCGGGUGCGCUGGUAGAGAUGCUCGCGGCCCGCCCUCUCCAGUGCCACAAAUGUUGGAGGUUCGGCCACAUCUGGGCGGCCUGCUCCUCGUCAACAGACCAGAGCGAGCUAUGCUACUGGUGUGGCCGGGCCGGGCACAUCGCGCGGGUCUGCACCGAGUGUGUGGCCUGCGCGAUGUUCCGAGAGGAUGGACGGGACUCGGGCCACCGGAAAUCCGCGAUCACCGAUCCUUCUCCGCGCUUCUCGCAAAGUGCUGGUCCGCAGUUUUUCGGUGGGAACGCUGACGAGCCUAGUCGUGCUUGGUGUUCUCCGUGUCCCGUGAAAGACGGAUUAUGCACAUCCAUUCUCACGGGACUAAGACGCAAAGCUCAGCAGUGA